GCGAUAGCAAUUCAACACUAGGAACAAUGGCGGGAAUUCGAAACUGGCACGAGUGGUCUUGGCCCAAUAAUGAAGCCGAAAUAGGAUAUAUUUAUGCAAGGUCAUUGCCUGGAAUUGGCACAUGGAAAAAAUUCACGCCUGCAAAUAUACAAAAAAUUGUGAAAAAGCGU